AUGGUCGCCGUUGGUACUCUUGCUACUCGCAUCAUCGCGGGUGUCACUGUCCCCGACACUCCUCUUAUCAAUGCAUCGAUAUCCCUCGCCCGCGAGGCACUCAGCGAUCGCCCGUACAAUCACGUCAUGCGAGCUUGGCUCAAUGGACAGACCAUUCUUAACAAGAUGCCUCCUGAGAAACGGGCCACCGUCGAUGAGGAAGCCUUCGCUAUAGGUGCGAUCCUUCAUGACAUGGGCUGGGCUUUCGAUACUGAGUAUGUGUCUGACGAUAAGCGCUUCGAGGUUGAUGGAGCCAAUGUCGCCCGAGAGCUAGUCAGGAAGCAGGGCGCGAACUGGGACAAGCACCGUGAGCAAUUGCUCUGGGAUGCUGUUGCCUUACACACUUCCCCUGAUAUUGCAGCUCAUAAAGAGCUUGAAGUUGCUUUAGUGUCUGGGGGCACUUUCUGCGAGCUUGCUGGUCCAGAAAUUGCAAAGCAAUCCUGGGGCGAUCUCAUCACUGUGACUCAGGACGAGUGGGCUGCCAUUGCUGCAGAAUUCCCUAGGGAUGGAAUGAAAGACUAUCUGAUUGAUACUACAGUGCGUCUUUGCUCAAUGAAGCCAGAGACGACAUACAACAACUUCCAAGGAGACUUCGGUGAGAAGUAUCUUGAGGGUUACUCCCGUGAGGGUAAGAAGAUCGUGGAUUUGAUGGACGCGUUUCUUCCUUGA